AUGGCUAGUUCUACGAUAUAUAAUAUCUUUUUCAGAAAAAACUCUUCUUUCUACGCUACUAUUUUCGCGUCAGCUUUUUUCACCAAAAUUGGCUUUGAUAUCUUUGCUGACAAGGUGUGGGAAAAUGCUAAUGCCGGUAUGCAAUGGAAGGAUGUCAAGUCUCGCUUUUUAAACAAAGAAGAAGAAGAGGAGGAGUAA